AUGGACUCAAUCUUCACUACAGCCCGGGAGGCCGCGAGAGAGUGUACAUCGCUCCUCAGUCCCUCAAUUGUUAACUUCGCCUUCUCGACCUGCAUCCUGCUUGGGAUUCUCGGGUCCUACAUCCCACAACAUUACAAGAUAAUGGCGCGUGGCUCCAGUGAGGGUAUCAGUCCUCUGUUUGUGCUUCUUGGGGCAACGGGUGGAACGUGUGGGUUUGUGAAUAUCCUCAUCCUGUCGCAAGGAGUGUUGGGAUGUUGCCAGAAGGGUAUUGGCGGGUUCAACUGCAUCGCCGCCAGCCUGGGUGUCGUCCAGGUUGGGAUGCAAUGGGCCUGUUUCGCAGUUAUCUUGCUCCUAUUCCUGAUCUACUUCCCGCGCGCCUCCCCCCUCGCCUCUCCCGCCACCUCCCGCAACUGCCCCCCCGAGCGCGCAGCGCUAACCGUCACCUUCCUCUCCGUCCUCCACUUCGUCAUCGUUAUCGGGUGCACCUUCUACUUCUCUCUCCUGACCUCCGAGAACACCCCGCACACCCCCGAGACCAUCCCGGAGCCGAGCCCGCAGCUCGUAGCAUGGGCCAACUUCCUCGGUGUUCAGGCGAUGGUGCUAGCGGGGCUGCAGUACAUUCCGCAGUUGUACACGACGUGGACGUUGAAGCAUGCGGGGAGUCUGAGUAUUCCGAUGAUGUGCAUUCAGACGCCGGGGUCGUUUGUGUGGGCGAUUAGUUUGGCGACGAGGGAGGGGACGAAGUGGAGUAGUUGGGCGACGUUUGUGUUGACGGGAAUGCUCCAGGGAGCGUUGUUGGUUAUGUGUGUGGUCUGGGAAAUGAAGAAUAAGAAUGAGGGCACGAAGGAUUCUGCUGGGGUUGAUCAGGAUGAGGCCGAGAGGAGACCGCUUAUCGGGAAUGAGACGUCGUAG